AAGAAAUUAAAGGCCAAUUCUACUCCGAAGUAGUGAUAUCUAUAAAUGAAUUAGAAUUUUAAUUUUUAUAAACUAUGUUUUCCUUACUAACGAUUUUUAUAUUUUCUACAGUCGUUUUGGCUUCACCAAUUGAUAAUCCAGAUCGAGUUGAUGUAUUUUACCCAACUUUGAAGACAUUAAAAUCUGGAGAAAAGAGAAUUACGUUUCGUGUUGACGAACAAGACGUAGAUAUAAUAUUGGAACCUGCUGAUCAACUAAUAGCGGACAAUUUUACUAUAACUCAUUUAAAUGAUGAAAAUAAACAUUAUUCGGCUGAUGUAGGUAAUUUUAAACAGAAACUGUUCAGAAAUAAAGAAAAAGGAGCAGCAUUUCAUAUCGAUGAAGAUGGACCACUAACAAUAAAUGGAAUAAUCAAUUCCAAAUUUAAAAUCAUGCCUUAUGAAUCCAACGAAUUGAUCAAAGAUGGAAAAAAAGCUCACCGAAUUACAAAACUUUUAUCCAAGAAACGUCAAUUCAAUGACGUGGUAAUUCCUCCGAACAUAAAAAAAAUGUACACGGAUCAAAAGAUGAAGAAAUUAAGCUAUAACCAAUGCAUAGUGAUAGAAUAUUUGUUGGUAACUGAAAGCAAUUUCACAAGCCGAUUUUCGAAUAUAGAAGAUAUGAAAGUCCAUUUAUCUCUUAUGUUUGUCGGAGCUCAAAAUUUGAUUGACACUUUACAUUUCGGAAUUAAACUCCGUUUGAUUGCAUUGAUGCCCUUUACUAAAAGAAAUGAGCCUUCUUUCAUAGAAAAGAGUGCAAUUCCGGGAGCAAAACAUCUUCUCGAUUCCGGAAAACUGCUCGAUACAAUGUCAAAUUAUUAUUGUAAACUAGAAAAUGAUCCAAUAGUCAAGCAGGCAGAUAUAAUUAUGCUUAUAAUUAGGAGAAAACUGGGAGACAUUAAUUCCAACGGAAUUAUAUCUGACGGUACCGUAGGAAUUGCAAACUUAGGAGGCGCUUGUGAUCCAUGUUCAAAAUGUGGUAUAAUGGAAGAUGAUGAUUCUUAUGUCGAUAGAGAUGAUACUUUUGCUCACGAAUCGGCACAUUUGUAAGUAAUCGGCUCUUAUAAUAAAUUACGGCACAAGAAAAUA